AUGGUUAUCGCUACCGACUUUGCAAAGCCUUUGGCGACCAUCCCGGUUCCAGAAGGGAAGACCAUCAAGCAGAGCGCACCGCCCACGACUCCCUUGAAGCCUCAACCGGCGGGUCCCAACAGACUCUUUUCCCAACCAGACGCCGUCUUUGGAGACUUCCGCGAUGAUCUCGUCCGGGACGGCUACGUCGUGGUCAAGGGCGCGAUCCCCCGCGAACGAGCAGACAAGUACGGCGAGGAAAUGAUGUCGUACCUCGAAACCUUCGCCGGCGGUCUUGGCUUCCAGCGCGACGACCCGAGCACGAUCAAAGAAUCCAACCUGCCCAUCAUCACCGAGAAGGGCAUGUGCCUCGGCUACGGCGUCGCCCACGAGUCCUUCACCUGGGCCGUCCGCCAAGAACCAGGCCUCGUCGACGCCUUUGAAAAAGUCUACGACACCAAGGACCUCAUUGUCUCCUUUGACGCCGUCAACAUGGCCUUCCCCAACCGGCCCGACGUGAAGCCCAACACGCCCUGGCCGCACCAGGACCAGGACCCCGAGAAGCCCGGCUUCCGCUGCCUCCAGGGCCUGGUCAACCUCCUCCCCAACGGGGACCGCGACGGCGGGCUGAUUGUUUGCAAGGGCGCGCACCUGCUCUCCGAGGCGUUCCACGAGGAGUUCCGCGGCGAGGCCGACAAGAUUUGGGCCUGGACAAAGGAGUGGUACGGGUUCACGGACAAGGGCAUGGAGUGGCUCCGGGAGCGCGGGUGCGAGUGGGUCAAGAUCAACGCGGAGCCCGGGGACCUGCUGUUGUGGGACAGCCGGACGCCGCACUAUAACCUCAGUCCCGAGGGGACGUCGCCGCGGUUCUGCGUGUAUACGUGCUACAUGCCGGCGGCGGAGGCCUCGCAGGCGGACCUGGUGCGGAAGAAGGGCGCGUACGAGACGCUCCAGAGCACGACGCACUGGCCGAAUGCGAUGCAUGUUGGGGGUAUCCCUGUGUUGCGGGACGGGAAGCCGUGUCCGUAUAAUACGGGCAAGCCGAGGCGUGCGCCUGAGCUUUCGGAGAGGGGAUUCCGGCUGACUGGUAUUCCGUAUAUUCAGGGAGUACCUAUUGAUGCUUUGGGGGAGUGA